AUGACAUUAGACGCUCAGGAACAAGAGAACCACGAUCGGCGUCGCUCGUCGCGAGAUGAAAACGAAUCCAAUCAAAGGAGGAGGAAGAAUAACUCGAACGCCACGGAAAAAAACGAGACGGUAUUCCUCGUUGUUGCGUUUCGAGUGGUAGUUUUCCUUCUCUCUUUCGCCGCGUUGUACGUUUCGACUCGAGCUUACUCCGUUAUCGUGCGUUUCUUGAAUGAGCGAAGGCGCACGACGCUAUACAGAUACUCAUCCUUCCCGAAAUAUAACAACAACAACAACAACAACAACAACAACAACAACAACAACAACAACAACAACAACAACAACAACAGCAAUAACGCCGAAAGCGUCGAUAGUGCCUUGCGAGAAAGAUUCUUAUGGACAACGAGAGAAGUUGUCCUCUUAAGCGACACCAAAAUAAAUACUGGCGGUGUCAAGGAGAAACAUCGUCGAAGCGACGACAAAAGAUUGAACCGUCUUUAUCAAAAGGCAAAAAGAUUGCACGUGUAUUUUACCGUCUCUCUGUGCGAGGUUAUGUUGAAAGCGCUGGGUCAUUCAGAAAUUACGAUCGAAGGGUGCGAAAGAGACGCCAAUAUCGACAUUCAUUCUCACAGCACGCCCUUGGUUGUCGUUUCCAACGCACCUCGGAUUUCUGAGAUUCUUUUCUUCGUGCAGUACUUGCGACGAUCCAUCCCUUUAUUCAUUUCGGCGGCGCCGCCAACUCUGUUGCAUGAGAGGUCGACGACGGCACUCGAGGCAACAAUCCUUGAUGCCGUCGGAUCAGAUCAGAUUUUUUUCGGUAAGACGUUUGCGCAUCGACAGCAAUACGUUCACCGAAUGAAGAAGUUAUUGGCUUUGAUUUCUGGACGACUCCCGACCAUAUACUUCCCCGAAGUUGCAGGGCGCGCAAGUCUUACUCACGUGUUAGAAUUCGACGAAAACCUUUUCGCUAAAGGACAAAAAGUGCAGCCUGUCACUUUACUCUUUUCUUCUUCUUCUUCUUCUUCUUCUUCCUCUAGCUCGAACCGAGCUGGUCACCGCCGCGAAAAAGCUACACAUUUCGUACGAAGACUGUAUCCGAAGCGUUUUGAAUCACUCGCAGAUCUGUUCCUUGCUAAAACGAAUCCGCUCAAGGUUACGUUUCUACCAUCGAUGAAACCGAGCAAAGAGGAAAAUGAAAACUUAAAAGUGUUUGCUGAACGAGUGAGAACGGCGUGCGCAGAGGCUCUCGACGUGCCCAAAAUCGACACAGAAGUGAUUCACAAAAGUACCACGGCCGUGGGUACCUUACUUCUUCCAUAUUCUCAGUAG